GAAUGUUGAAUUUAUAGUGUGGCUAAAUACUUCCGAUGAAUAAACUAUUAAUUUGAUAAUGGGAUUCCUGCAACAGCUAUGGAAGUGGUGCGGGACCUGGAUAAGCCAUCGACAAGCAACAAGCAAGAUCAUGUUUUACUUUACCGCCCAACACACGCUAGAUGUAAACUCGUACAUUAGACAUUCUUGAAGAUGAAGAGUAACUUAUUGCUAAUAUACUAUUUACAGCUGUGUAUAAAGAAAAGGAUAACAUGAGAAGGAAUGGAACGAGCAAGGGAGCCGUGUGAAAAGAAAAUCGUCAUUCUACUACUACUAGUACUAUAGAAUGUUUACAUCCAAGGGAGACUAGUUCCUUCGCAAAAUUAUACAAUGAAUACAGAUGAUGAUAUAUCAGCUUACAGCAACCAUUUUACUCUUCCAACAACAUGGACUCCACAAGAUUUUACUGGGAAGCAGAGAGUUGUGGUAAUUGCAGUAUUUGGUAAAAGCACCAUUGACUGUGGAGGUUGUAAGGCAUCAGCCUUGGAGUUGAUGGUAGGUCGUAAGAUCUUCAACAGAGAUUUGUGUCGGCCUAUUUCAGUUGACAGUGAAUGCAUGACUGGAGUGGAAGGUUAUUUUGAUGCUGAUCGCAGAGUUGUCUAUUUGCACUUGACUGGAGCUUAUGAUGCCUCUGCUCUUAUUUCAUCUCUUGAAAAGAUGCAUCAUCUGCUACAAGAAAAGGUAAGUUUUACAGCUUUGAUCUUUGUUCUCUUUCAGAAUUAUUAUGUCAUAGCAGAGCUGUAUGAAGUAGUCAGUAUAAUUAAGAUUUUAAAAAAUAGUGCUAUAAAGGCUCCCAAAUUAUUGUUAGAACUUGGUGUUCUUAGAACUGGAUUGUUGAACCCAAAGUCCACAGUUGAAAAAACCUGUAAUGAAAUGCCUCCCACUCUUCCCUCUGGAGAUUUUACUGGGAAGCAGAGAGUUGUGGUAAUUGCAGUAUUUGGUAAAAGCACCAUUGACUGUGGAGGUUGUAAGGCAUCAGCCUUGGAGUUGAUGGUAGGUCGUAAGAUCUUCAACAGAGAUUUGUGUCGGCCUAUUUCAGUUGACAGUGAAUGCAUGUUACAAGAACCUCUUUUCUUGCAAAGCAAGAAAUCUGUGAGAUCUGGCAAUGCAUGCAUAUAUUGGGUGGAAAAUGGUCAAAGACCACGCACCCAUGCUAUCACGUUUAGUCUUUUUCUUAACCGCCUGGCAACAAUUCCCCUGAAAGGGAAGAAAGGUCGCAUGGUACGACUUAGAGGGAUGUUGGAUACUUGUGCCGAGAGAACGUUCAUUAAAAGAUCAGCUCUAGAGAGACUGCAAUAUAGGUCCAAAGGAGUUGAAAAGAUAGCCUUGAGAGGUUAUCUAACUAGUAAACCUGUUCAUGAAUACGAGAUGAUAAGCGUAGCCAUACCGCAUAAAGAUAAGUUGAUAAUAAUGGACUGCAUAGUGGUGGAUGAGCUGCCAGAAUAUGCGAAGAAAUUUGACGUUAAGAGAAGUUUGAAGUCUUUAUGUAAAACUAAGAUCAACUUGGCUGAUAAAGAUUUUGAUUUGCCUGUUGAGAAUCAAUCAACUAUUGAAUUGUUAAUAGGGGUUGAUAAUGUUUACAAUAUUUUGCAUCCAGGUUCAAAAGGAAAAUCUUGCAAGAGCAAGAAGAUAGAGGAAUUCAUUGAGAAGGUGAUCUAUAAUAAAUCUGAUGUGGAUUGUCAUUACUUGGCACAUCAUGGAGUGCUUAAAGACAGUGCCACUACUCCAAUAAGAAUAGUGUUUGAUUGCUCAUCAAAACAAGGUUACCCGUUGCCUGGAGGAAGGGUGCAACGCCAUUCUCCAGGAACCCUGUGGGUCUGCCGGGCACAUGCGGGUUACGUAGUUCGCCUGAAUGACAUGGUUGUUUGGCACCAUGAGAACUGCGUAAUAUGCUACAAUUUGGUGAAUGAAGUCACUUCCGAGGGCAUCCAAGAGGUCCGGGACGCUGCCUUGGCCACCCUGAAGGUAUGGGUAGGCGGGUUUGGCCGGAACGCCAAUAAGGGCCAGCCUUAUAUGCUGUCCCAGGACAUGGCUGGGCUCAUCUACCUAGGAGUUAAGAAGGCAUCAGCGGUGGACCCCACAAUAGCUGCUCCUCUGAUCGCGAAGAUCCAGGCCGCAGUAUUGCCCGAGCCGGAGGAAGGUCUUGCGGAGGAAGUCAUGGGAGAUGUAGCAGCCCUCGAUCUGGACCACGAGCCCAUGACUGUUGAUGGCAUGGGCAACGAAUUAUUAUGUCAUGUAGGAAGCUUGUUCACAAGAGCAUACAAACCCAUUAUCACCCUUCCGGUAAUGGCUCAUAACUCUGGUGUUGUUUACGUGAGUUUUUGCAAUUGUGGACGAAGGCAAGGGCAACGAGAAGAUUCUUUCUCAAUAAAAGCAGCAAAUUAUACUUUUUACCAGCAACUCGCUGAAAGUUGUUGUAGUCGUCUAGAAAAUACUAUACCAUUUCCUACUUUCAAACCUAGUGUAACGGAUGCCAAAGCUGCCAAGGUUAGUGGGUCUGAAUCUGAUGAAAUGGAGAUUGAAUCAAGGUCAUCAUUAUCUAGAGAUUCCAGAGACCAAGCUGAUUCUGAAACACCACAUACACCUGGUUUAAGCCUUGUGGGAACAGGACUUAGUGGAAGCAUGAAUAGUGCAACUGGAACAGCAACAGCAGCAGCUCGCUUAAUUGGUGAUCACAACCAUACAGGAUCUCAAGUUGUUAUAACUUUAACAAAAGAUGAUUCCAAAGUUAUAACCAAAGACCGUGGUAUCAUACGCCAGGCUUCUACCACAGAAUAUUUACCAGGAAUGCUUAAUACAGCUUCACCUGCUGGUUUAUUACCAAGAUGGUCUUCAUGGUCACUGUGCUGCCUUGGUCCCUCAUCACUCUAUUCUCACAAUGCUGGAAUUUGUGAUCAGCCUGGAUUUCUGUCUGGAACUAAUUUCCUCCUCCCAUGGGAUGUGACAGUGAAGAUAGAGGACCGAGAUAAAUGGCCAGCUAUUGCAGAUACUCUUGGAAAGAAGGCUCUGUUACUCAAAAAUAAAAAAAAUAGGGCUGGAGAUAUCCAUGAAUUCAGUGUCAAGAUUUUCCUUGGGGUUGAGUAUGAAUGUGUGAGAGGACAUAGAUUUAUGAUGGCAACUCCUGACCGGCAUCUUAAGGCAUCUCCUUCAGGAUUAGUGAAAGAUAAUGCAACUAAGAUUGCCAAUGCAGAUAUGCCCUUGUAUUUUCCAUGUCCUUGCAGUCGCAGUGGAAAUGUUGUUAAUGGUCAACUUAUGCGCCUUCACGUGGUAACUCCUAAAGCUCCAGUUAAUGUUACCCUUAAUCCCCAAGUUCAGCCUGGUCCUGAUCCUUGCCCUCGCUAUAUUCCUCAGCCAAGCAGUUCUCUUCCUGUCAAGCUUUCUGCAUCCACAUAUUGGGUUUUACGUUUACCUUAUGUAUAUGUUGGUGAUCAGGGACCCCAUUAUCCUCCAGAUCCUAGACAGCCAGCACCUACUUCAUUUGCUCGCCUUCUCAGAGGUUGUUAUGGAAUAUCACAAGUCACUCUAGACAGAUAGUCUGAAUUUCCAAAUAAAAUCCAAAUUUUGCUUGUAGACAACAGAGCUAACCAAAGGCACAACACAUCAGCUACAAGAGGCAGCAAUUGGUAUUACCUAGAUACAGUGAUGGCAUUGAUAAAAAUGAUUCAGUUUAUGUAAAACAGAUGAAAGAUAAUCAAGUGCAAUGGUAUAGGUACAAUAUUAAACUGACGGGAUAAAGUUUUUGGGUAAUUUCUUUGCUCAAUGUAUCUAGAUUAACCAACAACAGGUUGUUAAUCUUUCAGCUCAUUGAAAUUACAAACAAGACCAAUGAAAAGUUAACAUUACAGUAAUUAGCAGUCAUAUACUGCCAAUAAAGCAUUAGCAAGUCUUGAACACAAUGCUGUAUAAUUAUAUUGUAUAUGGACUGAUUCUUUCCUGUAAAUUACUUUUAACUGCAUACAAUAAAUAAAUAAACACUCACAAACCUGUGAAUUACAGUAAUGUA